GUGUUGGCGUUGGACAGUGACUCGGAGCGUAACUCGUUGGUCCGUUACCAGAUCCUGUCAGACGUCUACAACAGUACCGACUUCUUCCACAUCGAUAGCAGCAGCGGACUGAUCCUCACGGCACGCAUGCUCGACUACGAAACCAUGCAACAGUACACCUUCAUCGCCAGGGCAACCGACAGCGGCGACCCUACCCUCAGCAGCGAGGUCAAUGUCAUGGUUUUGGUUACAGACACCAACGACAACCCUCCUUCCUUCAGCCAAUCGCUGUACGAAGUGUACUUGAGCGAGCUGGCCCCCAGGGGACAGUUUGUGACAUGCGUCCAGGCGUCUGACGCUGACAGCUGUGAUGCAAAUAGACUCAGGUACAAUAUCCUAUCCGGUGAUGAACGGACGGUGUUUAUGAUGGACACAGAGACGGGGUUGAUAUCUCUGUCCAAUCAGAGAAGGCAGGGGAUGAGGGAUUCCUUUAGGCUCAACGUGUCUGUGUCUGACGGGGUCUUCACAAACACCGCUGAGGUCAAUGUGUAUGUGCUGGGAGCAAACCUCUACAGUCCAGUAUUCAGUCAGAGGUUCUACCUGGCGGAGACCAGAGAGAACACACCUGCUGGAUCCAGAGUCAUACAGGUGAGAGGUGCGCUACUGGACGAGGACUCGGGUCUGUUCGGUCAGGUGACCUUCACGUUCAUCAACGACUUGGGGAAGAGUAAGUUCAGCAUCGACGCUAAAGGCCUCAUCACCACCGCACAGAAACUAGACCGUGAAAACCCUAGCAACAAGGACAUAGUCCUCACCGUCAUGGCCCUUGAUGGAGGAGGUCGUGCAGCAUUCUGUACAGUCCGUGUGGUGUUGACUGAUGAGAAUGACAACGCCCCACGGUUCAGGGCUGUGGAGUAUCGUAUGAGCAUCAAGUCCAAUGUGGCUAAAGGAUCCUUGGUUACCCAGAUCCAGGCCUCAGACCUUGACGCUGGACCCAAUGGACGGGUCAUCUAUUCCCUGUACAGCGAGGCCCGCCUGCCCCUGGUUGACGUACUGGAGGUGGAGCCUGACAGUGGUUGGAUGGUGACUAAAGGAUCUCUUCUCCAUCUCCAGGGAACCAUCCUAUCCUUCUUUGUCAAGGCUACAGACCGUGGCUCCCCGGCUAAACAUUCUCUGGUCUCAGCCUUCAUCCAUGUCCUCCCCCCGGACGCCCUGGUCCCUUCCUUUACCCAGCCUCAGUACUCCUUCACCAUACCAGAGGACACGCCGGUGGGCACGGCCCUGGGAAACAUAUACCUGGCCCCAGGACAGACUGGGGCUUACGCCGCUGUGGGGGGAGAGACUCCCGACAGCAACCAGGAAAGAACAGCUCAGAUUUUCAAUAUUAUUUAUAAUAUGUGAUAUACAGUGCAUUUGUAAAGUAGUCA